AGUAGUCGGGCAGAGUUCGACCUGCCAGAAUAUUCUGUUCGUCGAAGAUACCAGGAUUUUGACUGGUUGAGGAACAAACUGGAAGAAUCCCAGCCCACUCAUCUCAUUCCCCCGCUUCCUGAGAAGUUCGUGGUGAAAGGUGUCGUGGAUCGUUUUUCAGAAGAGUUUGUGGAGACCAGAAGAAAAGCUUUGGAUAAAUUCCUAAAAAGAAUUACAGAUCAUCCUGUGCUCUCUUUCAAUGAACAUUUUAAUGUUUUCCUUACUGCUAAGGACCUGAACGCCUACAAGAAGCAGGGGAUAACAUUGCUGACCAGAGUGGGCGAGUCGGUAAAGCAUGUCACCAGCGGCUACAAGCUGAGGAGCCGGCCUCUUGAAUUCGCAGCCAUCGGUGAAUACUUAGAUACGUUUGCACUCAAACUGGGGACCAUUGAUCGAAUAGCCCAGCGGAUCAUCAAAGAAGAAAUAGAGUACCUUGUAGAGCUGAGAGAGUAUGGGCCUGUGUACUCCACAUGGAGUGCAUUAGAGGGUGAGCUGGCUGAGCCCUUGGAGGGCGUGUCAGCUUGCAUUGGGAACUGCUCUACAGCCUUGGAAGAGCUGACGGAUGACAUGACAGAAGACUUCCUACCUGUGCUCAGGGAAUAUAUUUUAUAUGCUGACUCCAUGAAGAGCGUAUUGAAGAAGAGGGACCAAGUUCAAGCGGAGUACGAAGCCAAACUGGAAGCUGUGGCUCUGAGAAAGGAAGACCGCCCCAAGGUGCCAACAGACGUGGAGAAAUGUCAGGAUCGGAUGGAAUGUUUCAAUGCUGAUCUGAAAGCUGACAUGGAGAGGUGGCAGAACAACAAGAGGCAGGACUUCCGGCAGCUGCUCAUGGGGAUGGCUGACAAGAACAUCCAGUAUUAUGAGAAGUGCCUCAUGGCGUGGGAGUCGAUUAUUCCACUACUGCAGGAGAAACAAGAGAACAAAUGGCAGGUGCAUUGAUCAGCAAAUUUGAAGAAAACGUUCUCUCCUGAGCCAAACUUACAGAUUGACCUGGGUGUGUUGGAGUUGUUCUUCUCUUCAUUGUGGUUUUUUAAUUCACUGAAUAACCCAGAAAUCCUAUUUUUCACCAACCCACCUUGUAGGUUGUCAGCUCUUUGUUUUAAGGAUGUCUGGUCUCUCCCCGGCUGCAUGUAUCAGAGCGUGUGCACGGUCUGUCUGCAUUAGAAAAGGAUGGGGGGUGGGGCUUUGUUGCCGGGGAGGGGUUGACUGUUCUUUCUUCAUGGUAUGUGUUUAAAAUGCGUCCUGGGCAUGACUGUCUAACCCUUUCUGUGGGUUAGAAAAUGUGGCAGGAAAAUGUUAUCCAGGUAGUUUUAACUACUGUAGGUAGUCUGUACAUAAGUGCUUUAAAAAAAUAACAAACCAAUAUGAUAUUUGUCUCGUAUAUAAAUAUUCUGUGUAUUUAGCACUUGAAAAUCAACAAAUCCAGAAUUUUAAAAUGCCACAGACUGUUAAAGCCUAACUCUACUCUUUGAGAAUUUGUCAACACCCACUAAUAUGCCUUAUUCUUCAACUAGUGUUUUUAGAAUUCUGGGUAGAAAGAGUUUUACAAAUGUAAUCAGUUGUUCAGCUUAAAUAAUAGAGCUCUAACAUAGUCCUCAGUCCUCUUAAAGAAACACAAGAAAGUGAGGGUCAUAAUUAAGGUUGCCUUGGGGGAAGAGAAAACUAAGUAUCGCUAUUGCCAAAUGCUAUUUUUGAUAAUAUAAGGAAACACAGGGACCACAAACCUUUUCGUUUGUUUGUUUUAGUGUGAAAGAUUAAUUUAGUGCCUUUUGGCAUACUUUUGAUUGCAGAACAUAUGGUAUCAGCAUCGACAAAUCAUGUAGAUACAAAGAACUCUCUAAUAUGACGAUACUAAAGGUUUACCCUGAUUCUGCAGAACAGCUUUUUAACAUACCGUGGGGGCCUCAGAGCAGCAUGUUUCAGACAGAAAUUCUCCACAGGUUGAAAUGCCAAAAACACGAAACACAUUCUGUUGACUCAUGCAAUUUAGUCUGUCAAGCAGAGCUUUUACUAUUAAACCCAGUGACGAAGAGUUGUGCCUGCUCCUUUCUCAGGAGCACCGCCCUGUCAUUGGGUGAAUCGGGGCUGCCCGUAGGCUGGGUCACAGCAGGUGACAGCUGCCAACACCCUGGUGGACAGGCUUGUUCACAGUCUUAGGCCAACCCUUCAGUCAGAAAUGAUACUGGAGGAAGCAAAGGAAAAUUGCUUUUUUCCUCAAUGUACAAAUGGGGAGAGGGGCAAGUAGGUUGCAAGCAACACCGCGAAUCAGCGUGAUGAAGCGGUGCUUGUGUGAGCUGCGCCGUCAUCGACUAACCAGCGUCUCUGAACAGUCAGUACCGUUCACCUGGACAUCCCGAGGUUCGGUCCUGUGCCCUCGAUUCCCUGUCCAUUGUAUUUCUGGGUGCCGGUUCCCUGCAUCUCUGUGAGCUGGGAACGCAUCGAGAGAUGAUGUGCAUCUGACAUAUUCCCAUGAAAUAAACUGCCAGCGAACUUUCUAAUGUGCAUUUUAAUUGUUAAAGAAGAGAAAAAAUUUUUGCUUAGGACAUGUCCGAAUUAUGGACCAUAUUUCUUAUUUUUAGAAAUCAUUCUUUAUGUUUAAAAUUUUAAAGGAAAAAACCUUCUGAGGUACUUACCAAUAAAGUCCUCCUGUACAUGUUAAUCAUUUCUCUAUGCUGCCAUGAAGCCAAAACAGAAGCUGUGAAAAAAAAUUGCUUGAAUGUGUUGAUAAGAAAAUGAUUUACAGAUCAAGUCCUUGUUUCAUGAAGCUACCAAACUUUGAAAGGAAUGUCACCUUUUCUUGUUAUGGAACCCAGAGAUUGUAAAAUGGGGGGAGAAAAGUUGUUGAAUUUUUGAUGCAGGCAUGAGGUUUUUGUCCACGUUUUCUCACAUAUCUGUGUAUAAAAAAUUCUGUUUGUUGUUUACUAUGGGAUUAGUAUUACAUUUGGAGGUAAACAAGAGAAUUUGUAUUGCUUGAUAAACUAUUAGCUUGUAAAUUUUAAAAAGUUUCUUUACCUCAAUUAACUUAAAGUAACGGACCAAUAAACCUAUAAAAGAUGCUUUCUUUA